AUGGUGUCGUCCUCUUCUUCUGUUGAGCAGACGAAGAUAUCGAAACAGUACAAAUCUGGUAGUCCCAAGAGACCUUCAUUGACGAGGAAAAGGUCGUCUCAGAGACUUAUUAGGACAAUCAGUAUAGAGACAGAUGACGAGGAGUAUCUUUCCCCAGGUUUAGUGGUAUCAGAUGCACUGACAGAAGUGCACUCUGGCUCAGUGGUGAAUACGUUACCCACUGGUGAAUUGGACCAAAUUGAUAAUAAGGCUGAUGAAUUACCGAAUCUGACAAGUUUGAAAAUCGCCAAUGAGAAUACUCAUAAGUCUAAUGAUUACAUCGAGGUUCCCUUUGUUAAGGCAUCGUUGGAUGCCACAUUACCGGAAGAUUAUUUGAGAAAUGAUAUAUGGAACGUUAUUCAAGCUUUAAAGAUACCUAGAUGGCAUAAUAGACAAAAUUUAAUCUUAGAUAGGUUGAAAUUGAUUAAGAUAUCGGGUGCAAUGACAAAUGCGAUCUUUAAAAUCGAGUAUCCAAAACUUCCAUCGUUGUUAUUAAGAAUUUAUGGUUCCAAUAAUGAUCUUAUCAUUGAUAGGGACUAUGAAUUAGAAAUUUUGGCUAGAUUAUCGGUUCGUAACAUUGGACCUUCAUUGUUUGGAUGCUUCACAAAUGGCAGAUUCGAACAAUUUCUUGAGAACUCUACGACAUUGACUUUCCAGGAUCUAAGAGAUUGGAAAACAUCUCAACGUAUCGCAAGAAGAAUGAAAGAAUUACACAACGGUGUUCCAUUACUGAAAGCAGAAAUUGAAGAUGGACCAGUGUGUUGGAAAAAGAUUAAUAAUUGGGUGAAUAUCCUUGAUAGCAAGCAGUGGGUCCAUAAUGAUGAAAAUAUUAAGAAAGUAUUUCAUUGUCAAGAUUGGGAAUUCUUUAAAAAAGUGGUAAAGAGAUAUUAUGAUUGGUUAUUAAAAUCUAAUUUUUACGAUUCUAAAAUGGUGUUUUGUCAUAACGAUGCACAAUACGGUAAUUUACUGUUCAGUGCCCCCGUCGUAGAAAUCGAAGAUGAUAAAAGUUCUGUAUCUUCCACGAAAACGACAGCAUCCUCACUUUUUCCAUCAAAUUCUAACGUUCAUCUCGAUAGAAUUAUCAAUCCCCCAAAACAAGAAAGAAGUCAGGACUCUAAAUUAGUAGUCAUUGAUUUCGAAUACGCAGGUGCCAAUCCUGCUGCAUACGAUCUAGCCAACCAUUUGAGUGAGUGGAUGUACAAUUACACGGGGAAAGAACCUCAUAGAACGCUCACAAGUGAAUAUCCAACGAAGGAACAAAUUCUCAAUUUUCUGUACUCCUACGUUUCUCACCUUCGUGGUGGCAGCAGCAGUAGUAGUUCCAGUAGCAACAUCGAUCACGAGGUCAAAUACUACUAUAAUUUGAUAAUCAAGUGGAGGGCCACAGUCCAAAUAUUCUGGAGUCUUUGGGGUGUUCUACAAAGUGGUGUGCUGGAAGAAAAAGAUACAGAAAUUAUAUUUGAGGGCACCAACGGUGAAAAAUACAUUAUCAAAGAGGAUCCAGAUGCAAGUUUCAACGAUGAUGUUGAAGACCACAUCAUCGAAGGCGUCAGUAUAGAUACUUUUGAUUAUUUAAAGUAUUGUAGCGAUAAAAUUGCGGUUUUCUGGGGAGAUUUGAUCAAAUUACAGAUAAUCGACGAGUCUGAUUGCAUGAAAAGCAAGAUGCUGGAUACACAGCUCAUAUAA